AUGUCGGGUUCAACUAACCUGCUCAAUCGUGUACAACAAGACGGGGAUCUGGAUGUACGCGCGGGUCAGGUUGUCCGAGUCUUUCCACAUGGCCGUCACGAGCGGGAUGCCGAGACUUGUCGUCUUGGCCGCCCCGCAGAAGCACACGGCGACGGUCUGCUCCCUCGACAUGCGCUUCAGCGCAAUGAUACGCUUCACCCAGGACGGCAGGUUCCUAGUGAGCUUGAAUUCGGUCAGGAUUGGGUUGACGGCCCUGAGGAGCCACAGGGGCGGGCGAGCAGAGUAGAAGCAGAUGAUGGUGAAGAUGAGAACCCAGACCGUCCUUUCCUCCCACAGCGCCCUUACGACCUGGCCGACGAUGAGCGGCAGCAGGACGCUCAGCCCCAUCUGCUGUGCCACGUUUGCGUACAUGUUGCUGAGGGUGCUGGGGUCGGCCGGCCGCCACGCGUCGAAGACGGAGCCGGUGGGCAUGAACCCGUAGAUGAGGAUGGGGGAGAGGAAGGAGCCGAUGAUGUUGCCAAACACCACGCAGACGAUGGCGGCCGCAUCGUCGCCACCCGAGGCCCGGGUCAUGACGACGUUGGAGGCGAUCGUCGUGGGGAUGCACGAUACCACCAGCAUGCCGAUGAUGACGGGCAGAGAAGGCGUGCCGCUUUCCAACGAACCGCCAGCAAUACAUAUAUGGAGGACCGCUAUAUCCACGAUAGUUCUCUUGUUAGCACGAAUUUUGUUCCUUCUUGA